GAUUUCUUUCUCAAUUAAUCUCUCUACUUGUAGUUAACACAAUUUUUUUUAGGAAAUGUAGUUAACACAUCCAUUUCCCUCCAAUUUCAAUGUUGAUGAGCAAUUUGUCGAACAUCUGACUCAUCUUCUUCUCUCCUCAUCAAACGUGUCCAUCUACAUACCCCUAAACUCUCCCAAACUCCCAAGUGUCAUCACUUCCUCCCACCUCACCUUCAUCUUCCUCCUUCUCCACCUCCAUUUUCUCUCUCCUCCAUCGAAACAAAAACCAGAACAACCAAAAUCAUCAAAAUGCCCCGCCACCAACUCACCCAUCAAACCCUCAGAUUCUUCUCCACCCACCUCCGAGAUGUGGGUCCCCUCUCCUCCCGGCUCAAAUCCCGGUCCAUCAUCCGGUUCACCGGUCCAGACUCCGUCAAAUUUCUGCAAGGUUUGCUCACCAACGAUGUUCGCCAAUUCGAUGAUUCUGUUCAUGACAAAGUUUCCUACAUGGCGUCCACGAAUAUGCCCACUGUCGGCACUCGACCGGUUUACGCGGCAUUGUUGAACCCACAAGGUCGGUUUUUGUAUGAUUUUUUCUUGUACAGACCGCCCCGGCUUGAUGAGAAACUUGACCCGACGGGCUCUGGGCCCGGCCCAAGUGAUGAUGGGAUGGGGUUGUUUGCGGAUGUUGAUGGGUCGAUGGUGGAUGAGCUAGUUCAGACUCUCAAGAGAUAUCGAUUGAGGUCUAAGGUUGACAUAGAGCACAUGGGAGAUGAAUUCUGUUGUUGGCAAAGGUUUGGUGGAAAAUUGUCUGAUAACUCUUCAUCUACCGAAGAACCAGAGGUUGCUGGUGUAGGUUAUGGUGGGAGUAUUGAUAGCUCUUCUAUGUCAUCUUCACAAGGGAGUGAAAGCGGGUGGCAGUGGUUCAAGGAUCCAAGGUUGGAUUGUCUUGGCUUUAGAGGGAUAUUUCCCUCCAGGACUCCACCUCCGUUGGUCGAGGCUGAUAAAGAAGUCUCUGAGGAAAAUUAUCUGCUAUGGAGAUUAGAGAAAGGGGUUGCAGAAGGCCCAAACGAGAUCCCAAAAGAUGAAGCAAUUCCUCUAGAAUACAAUCUUGCAGGCCUUAAUGCAAUAAGUUUUGAUAAGGGGUGCUAUGUGGGACAAGAAUUGGUUGCUCGAACUCAUCAUCGGGGUGUCAUCCGAAAACGUGUGCUUCCUUUGAAGUUCCUUGAUGCUAACGGCAAAGAGGUAGAGCAGAAAGUUGCUCCCAAGUCGGUAGUGGUAAAUGCAUCAUCAGGCAAGAAGGUCGGGGCUGUGACUACUGCCCUUGGUUCUCGUGGAUUAGGUCUACUACGUUUGGAGGAAGCCUUCAAAGGAUCUAGUGCACUUUCUAUACAAGGAAAUGAAGAUGUAAAGGUUGUUGCUGUUAAACCCAAAUGGUGGCUAGCUGAGUGGUUUCUUGAUGAUCAGGAGCGUGCUGAUACUGCUUGAUUUUUCUGGUGCUCAUUGACCUCUUUUUCUAAGGGUCGUGGAUUGCUUCUGAGUAAGUUUUGCAGCUUCAAUAUAUAGGACUCAGACCAGCUUUUGUAGUGGAAAUAAAGAGGCUGUUUUUUUUUUUUUUUUUUUUUUUUUUUUUUUUUUUUUACACAUUACUACGUGCCUACGUCUUUGAAGAUUACUGAUACCAUUAAUGAGAAUAGAUAGUUCUUUGGAUAACAAAAUGUAAUCCUUUGAAGAUAUGUUGAACCCAGCAGGAUUAAUAAAAAAGCUGUUUUUGACAUAUAGUCCUUAAUCCUCUUCUUCUAUUUUGCCCUCUUCAGAUCAUUUGUUAGUGUUGCCAGUUUUAAGACAUUCUGCCUAUAAUGUAGUUGAUGAAUUACUUUUCUUUUUCCUUUGAAACUAUGGUUAAAAUUUGCACCUUUUGUACCAUUUCUCCUGCAU